AUGAAUGGGGUAAAGGAUUACGAGAAAAAACAUCAGAAAAAUUUUUGUUAUACAAUUUCUACGCUUAACACUCCUGACACUUAUAAGAUUGAAGUGCCAGUUCAUAUACCAUUUGAAGGUAGUAUAGAAGAAUUAAGUCAUAGAAUUAUAAAUGGGUUUAACUUACCGUUAUACGUCAUAGAAGAACUAUCGGGUGAGUUACAAAAAUUUGUUGACAAAUGUACAAUUGAAUUUUAUGAUUCCCAAACAAUUGAUGCUAUAGAAAGCAUUAGAAAUGAAAGCAUUGAUGUAGAAGAUAUUGUUAAAUAUUGGGAAAAGGCAUUUCAAGAGGAAACUUUCUCAUUCACUGAUAAUAAAGGACCUAGUAAUGAUCAAUUGUUUGGUACUGCAUUUCACAAAUUAGCUCAUUCGGGACCUUCUUUGGAUGCUAUUCUUCAUAUUGAAUAUGGUUAUGCCCAAGCAGUCCAAGAUAUCAUGAGUAGAAAAUAUAGACAAGUUACAUCUUUGACAAAAACUCAAACCGAAGAGAUGAACUAUGCAAUGGAUGGGUUAAAUAAAUACACUACUGAAGAUGAUAUUAAUGCUUUGGCACUAAAGCACUUUGAUGAUCAAACAUUACUUCAAGGUAAAUGGAAUAGCAGACUUGAUACUUUGAAGCAGGAACAGCGCACUGGGUAUAGAGAAUGGGUUAUGAAAACAGUAGAAGAAAUGCAAGGUGUUGAUGGAUUGUAUUCUCCUAUUGGGAAUUCUCCUAUAAGUAUUGGAUCAAAUGGAUUUACAAUUUCAAAUAUGUCGUUAUAUGAUAUGGAAGAAAGCUUCACUAUACAUCUUGGGUCACAAAUGAAAUCUACCCAUAAUAUUCGCAUUAUGUCAGCAGAUACUUUAAAUCUUUUAAGCUUAACUUUGGAAGAAAACGGAGCAGUUGUACAUCAUCCUCAAAGGUUACAAACAGUACUAGAACUAUAUUCUCAAGAUCUUAAAGGUCUUGUUUUAUUUAUUGAUACAAAUAAUUUAGAUUUCUACUCUGGUCUAGCAAAGGAGUUUUUUGAUAUUUGCGAUGGCAGUACAGAAUUCCACUUUAAUUCUUUGCAGGAUCAAUUAGAAAUCAUCAAAUCUGAUCUUAAAGUAGCUGUUGAAAAUCGGAAGUGCAAAGGACCAGUUAGUAAUUUUUUAUCUCCAGAAUUACAGGCUCGACGAAAUAAAUCAAAACUUUUGCAAUGUGGUGAUGUUUACAUUACAAGACAUUCAAAUCUGGCUUCGGUUCAUCUUGUAUUUCAUAUGGUUAUCGAUGAUUCGUUAAAAUCAGGUGAUAUCAACUCAAGACAUCCAGUAAUCUUGGGAUUAAGAAAUAUAUUGAAAACAGCUUGUUCAUAUGAUAUUACUAUGAUAACAAUUCCAUUAUUUUUAACUCAUGAAAUGACCGAGGACAUGACUGUUCCUUGGUGUCAGAAACGGGCAGAACUAGUUUUAAAGUGUGUAAAAGGAUUUAUGAUAGAAUCUGUAUCAUUAGGUGGAUCAGAGCUGAAAACUAUCCAGUUCCUAGUUCCAAAAGGAAUAUCUGAAGAAGUGUUUGGAAUACUUGCAACAAUGGUUCCAACUAUAUUCAGAGUGUCUACUCCACUUGUGUUUGAAUCAUCAGAGCCAGAAAUUGAGUCACAAACCAAGAACAAAAAGAGUUCAAAAAGUAAACGAAACUCUAAAUCCAAGUAA